AUGGACAAGCCUGAUCUCAAGCUCGACACUUCCGUCGAUGACGCCCUCUUGUUGACCAUCAAGCGUGCUGUUGUGAUGAAGCUCAAGGACGUCGUCAGCCACCUCGUCUACGAAAUGGCUCAGAAUGACCCUGAGAUCCAUGCUAUCGAGCAGAACAUCAACGCAAUGCUCUCUGACGCUGUCCACAUCGAAGUAGAGACUCGCGUCAAGAAACGCCUCGAAAAUGCUGCUUCUCCCGCCGCAGCUGAGCACGCGCUCCGUGCCCAACUUGAGAUGGCCAAGAACACCUUCGCCACCAAGGAAAAGGUCAUCGAACAGCUGCAAGCCCAUAUCGACCGUCGUGCAAUGUACUUCCAGACCUUUGAUGGUCUUCUUGAGUCUGCAUGUGCUGAUGGUGGUGAAGACGGUCUCGGCGCUGGCGGUCCCCUCACCAACCUCCUCAACUUCGCUCAUGACCUGAACGAUAAGGACAUUGAAGUCUUCGAACAAGCCGUCGAGGAUCUUCAGCAAGGUCUUGUCACUAACGACUCCAUCACUAAGAUGCAGGACGAACUCGACGAGAUGAUCGUCAAGGAGGACGGCGCUACCAAGGAAGGCGCCACUGAGUAA